AUGCUUAUCACAGAAGUUCGCGUCCAUGUACUAACACCACAGGCGAUUGGAUCAGAGGAAGACGCAGAUACUUGGAGAGGCAUAGCCAUUUGGACAUUUCCCAUCUGUAUGAUUCUAUUCUUCUUAAUUGCGUUAACCGCAUGGACUGCCUCAAUCCGAUGGGAUGAUUUGCUUUAUCAUCCACCUAUGAAACCCAAAAAGCACGAAGACAAGAAGAAAGGAGACGAUUUGGAAGUUGUUCAGCAAAGGAAGUUGGAUUAUUCGGAAUUGGAACACCUCCAUGCAGAUAGGAAUAUGGAGGUAUUCAACUUUAAUCCGGAAAAGUUUAUGAGAGAAGACCUUAAGAGACAAGGAGUUCCUUCGAGGAAGGAGAAAGGCGAACUUAUUUGGUAA